AUGUCUUCGCUAACGGUUUCACACAACUUCCGAACAUUCAAAUGCAAGGCAGGCCCUUCUAAAAUUCUCAAUGAUGUUCUCAUAGAGAGCUGCGCCCACUUCAAGCUCGAGCCGAGCCAACAUGCUCUCAAACACGGCAACCAGCUGCUGGAUCUGUCUUUGCCCUUGCGACUGGCCAAUCUGCCCCAGGGCUGCAAGUUGGAGCUUGUGAAGGCGCCACAGAAUACUCAAUCCACCGGAGGAGGCUCAGUUGUGAUAAAAUUGCAGAUAAUGGCUCCAGAAGGCGACUCAACCUUUGUUCUGCCUCCGCCGAACCAGCUGGUGAAGGAAUGCGACAGCGAUAAGAGCAUUGAGGAGGUUCUGCAGGAAUUCGAGAAAAGCUUGAAUACACAACUGCUUCACAGAGAAGCAAUUGGAGAGUAUAAGUACGUUUACGAGCCGAUUGUGCAGAGCAUGAGCAAGACGAUGACAGGAACGUCUGAGCUCAAACACUCCUUAAGAUCGUUGGGUCUGGUCAGCGGAAACCAUACCUUGAGACUGAGAUUCAAGGCUGAAAAACAUGACAUAAGCCAGCCGCAGCCGACCGCCCAGCCGACUGCCCAACCGACCGCAUCGUCAGCUUCAGUUGAGGAUAAAAGCGAGACUCAGAGCUCUGAACAGCAGGCGGCACUUUCCGAGGAAAAACCGUCAUCAGCGCCAGAUUCCAACCCCAUUCAGGUUUACGUCCCAAAUUCAGAUCACCAUGAAGACGAGCACGUUGAUGAGUCCGUUUACGACAUGUCUAUCGAGCAGGCUAGACUCUACCAAUCGCUACUUGCCAAAAGAGCACACCCUAAUAAACAGAUGAUGAGCAAGAGACAACGCGAGCAGCUUGCUCCUGAAAAGCCAGCAGUCGAAGAGUGCGUUAUCAGGGUUAAAUUCCCGGACUACACCCAGGUGCAACUUGUUAUGCAGCCUGAUCAUACUCUGGGAGAUCUCUAUAAUGUGCUCUCUACGAAAAUAGUUCACAUGACGCAAGCGCAGAGAGAAAAACCGCGGCCAGCAUUCCAGCUGCACACGGCCUAUCCUGGACAUGCGAUCCUCACCAGCACAGACGAUUUUGAAAAAGAGUUGGUGAGAGAUUGUCAAUUUGCACACCGUUCGCUUCUCGUGUACAGGGACGACUUCAAACGUUCGCAGUACGUGAAGGACGAGUAUUUGGAGGCUGCCAAGGGGCUGGACGAGCUGGAGGAGGUGAAAAUCAGCAAGAGAGAAGCAGAGACGACAGGACGCGAAGCCGACAAAGCUAGCGCCCCACCAAAAGACGAGACACCAGCACCAACGCCCACAACCGCACACAACACACGCAAGGUACCGAAAUGGUUCAAGAUGGGGAAGAAAUGA